GUCAAACAACAUUUUUCGGUUUCCUGAACUGUUUCGUACACGUGGUGAUGUACUCUUACUACCUGCUGGCUGCCAUGGGUCCUCGAGUCCGCCCUUACCUCUGGUGGAAGAAGUACCUAACUACCCUCCAGAUGGUGCAGUUCAUCAUGAUGUUUGUUCACGCAGCUUUGACUUUAGCGACGGGAUGUCCAGUGGGUCAUCCGCUCAUGAGAGUGAUACUCGCCCUGGCCUUCAUCUUCCUCAUCCUCUUCCUUGACUUCUACAUUAAAGCCUACAGACAUAAGGUGAGCUUUUGUGUGACAAAGACACAUGUACAUACAACUUUUGGGUAUCUUUAUUUUGGAAACGUUUCGCCAACCAGAGAAUGACUCAUUACCUUUGUA